CGGUGACCUGCAUCUCCCUGUCAGCAUUUGCGGCGCAGCAAGCACCAAAAGCCACCGAGCUGCGUCUAAACUCUGUUCAAUGUCGACCUUAGAUUUCCAUCUCUUUGUUACUCUUUGAAACUCUUUGACACCACCCAGACGCACGACAAUCCCCUUUCGCUCUCUAUUCUCGUAUUCCCCGCCCUACCUCGAUCUGAAAGACAGCCUCACACUGAGCGCGUUCACUCUGUCACUCGUUUUGCGACGCACGCCACUCUAACCUGUCACUUCUCACCCGUCCGCUCACUCUCACAAACUAUACUUUCUCCUUAUUCAGCCGCGCCGAACAGCGAUGCGAAUGCGACUCAGUCUUUGACACGCCACAAAAAGAAAUAAACAUUCAAGAUGGGCUGGCCAAAGUGCAAUUCGACGGAUGAGGACUUAUCGAUUACCGAGGAGCCUAUAUGGGAUGGCCAUACGUUCCAUACCAUCGGUCUCUGGGUUGCGGCAAUCUUCACCAUCAUCGCCCUGGCCGUCUCCUUCUUCCUCAUUCUCAUGCACGCCACGCAUUACCUGAAACCCUGGGAACAGAAGCACAUCAUUCGCAUCCUCUUCAUGAUCCCCAUCUACGCCGCCGUCUCGCUCCUCUCCUUCUACUACUACCGACACAGCGUCUACUUUGAAGUCAUCCGAGAUUGCUACGAAGCUUUCGCCAUUGCCUCCUUUUUCUCGUUACUAUGCGCAUACCUCGCUCCCGACUUACACCAACAAAAGAUUUACUUCCGAACAAUCACCCCGAAGAAAUGGGUUUGGCCCAUGAGAUACUUUCAAAAGUGUACCGGGGGCCCUGAGAAGGGUUGGUUGAGGACACCCAAAAGUGGGUUGACGUGGUUCAAUGUGGUCUGGGUCUCCAUCUUCCAGUACUGUUUCAUCCGCGUUUUCUUCACGAUUGUAUCAGUCAUCACGCAGGCCGUCAACCUCUAUUGCCUCGAGUCGCUGAAUCCCGCCUUCUCCCACAUAUGGGUCAUGGUCUUCGAAACCAUUUCCAUCACCGUCGCCAUGUACUGCUUAAUCCAGUUCUACAUUCAGAUCAAGGACGACAUCCGCCAGCAUAAGCCCCUUCUGAAAAUCACCGCCAUCAAAUUGGUCAUCUUCCUGAGCUUCUGGCAGACCAUUGCCAUCUCUAUCCUCACCAGCGCGGGAUUUAUCAAGGCCACCAAGCGCAUCCAAACCCCCGAUAUCAAGGUCGGCAUUCCGGCGUUGCUUUUGUGCAUCGAGAUGGCCUUUUUCUCCAUCUUUCACAUAUGGUCCUUUAGCUGGAAACCCUAUGUGAUUGGCUCCAAGGAACAGAUGUCUGAGACGGUCGCUGGUGAGGGGUCGGCACGGGCUUCAUAUAAAGGAGGCUUUUUGGGAAUCAAGGCCAUUUUUGAUGCCUUCAAUGGCAUGGAUAUGCUCAGAGCUACGGGUCGGUCGGCGAAAUGGCUGUUUAAGGGACGCAAGACUCGACACAAUGACCCGAGUUAUGACUUGUCAAGGAAAGAUACCGAAGGAAGUGAUUUUGGUGCCCAUGGCCAAAAACUGAACCCCUUGAACCACCCAAGCGCUUACACGGGUGCUGCGACCAAACCACCUCACUACAAUGCCGCCGGAGACGAAGAAGGCGCCACUCUACUCGCCAACAGCCAGAGCAUGCCAACAUCACAACAGCCAAUUGUGGGGACAGGCAGCGAUGGGGGCCAUGACUUCUACGAUUCGAACAAUGUGAGCGAUAUUGGGCUUGCGAUGAGCUACGACGACAAAUACAACGGCCGAUACGACCCACCCUCAUACCCUCCACCCACGCAACGGCCCUAUGCGCCUUAUCAAGGGUCAACUGGAGGCCAAGAAAGCGGCGUGGUGUCAGUGCCGUAUCCUGUAUCGCGGGCAGGAGAGGAACCAAGCUCACACUUGGGGGGUGGUCAAGACAGCAGGAGAUUAUACAUGACGCCCCCGCGGAGUCCGGACCCAAACACGAGGAAAGCUGAUGGGCCAGACGGGGUGGCAGGGAACGGGGCAUUCUUCUAAUGACAAAGUUUAUGCGGUUUUGUGCUACGGUUUGGAGCUUCGGCAUGUGCAAUAGGGAUCAAUGCAAUGACACGAACCUGAUGAGUUUUCCAGCUCAGGCAAUGGAUAUUCUUCUUUCCUCCUUUUGACCUGUCCCGUUUCGGGGAUUCUGGCCGUUGAUCGGUUGUUUGCUCCCUUUAUUUCCCUGUCCUUUUAUUCCUUUGUAUACCUAGGUAAUCCCCCUUGAUAAC